UAAGCCGAACACUCAAAAUUAAAGGGCCCAAAAACAAAGAGCUUCUUACUCUUGCACCAAAGAGUUCUCUAGAGAAAAGUAGUAUUACUGUGAAAAUGAGCGGCUUGAGAAGAGGGCUACCGUUCGGUUCUCCGGCGGCGGUGACCGGGAUGUUCGUGCUUCUAUUCGCUGUUUUGUUUAUGGCACCGCAAGUCUCCGCUAAGCGCUGGAUUGUUGGAGGUAACAUGGGGUGGACUACAAAUGUUAACUAUACUAUUUGGGCUCAGGACAAGCACUUCUACAAUGGCGACUGGCUCUUUUUUGUUUACGAUAGGAACCAGAAUGACGUUAUAGAGGUGAACAAAACAAAUUACGAAACGUGCAAUGCUGAGCACCCUGUUCACAACUGGACUACAGGAGCUGGAAGGGAUGUGGCUCCACUGAAUGUAACUCGGCAUUACUAUUUCAUUAGCAGCAAGGGGUCCUGUUAUGGUGGCAUGAAGAUAGCUGUCCAAGUUGAAAACCUGCCUCCUCCUCCUAAAGCUUCACCAUUAGACGAGAAGAGUAGCGCUGUGAAAUCUUCACACCGGAGCCUAUUUAUUUUGCCGGUUGUUUUCACCAUUGGAGCAGCAUGGGAUGCCUUCCUUCGUUUCAGCUUGUAGUGCUGUUGCUUUCUGGUUUUCCACUGUUCAUGAGGGACAUUAGACUCGCUAGAUAACGAGGGGAUGAAAUCUCCUCGUGAAAUUUAAUUUUUUAAACAGGUUUCUUUAUGAUUAUUUUAUUUUCUUGUGGGGUGGGGUGGGGUGGGGAGGUGUUGGUGAUAAUUUAUGUCUACUUGUGUUGUUUGUUCUCCAUAGUAGUUGACCCUUUAAACUAGGACCCUGGUUCAAGUUAAGGGGGUUGGUGGAGCUUGAAUUUUUGAAAUGUCAAAAGUGCUGAAUUGGUUUGAUUAUGAA